AUGGUAUGUCGCUCACCAAGACAAACUAUUUACCCCCUUAACCAGCUCUAUCGUCGCAGCCGCCUUGUGUAUCCCCCACACUGCGGGGCAGCCCAAGACGUGAAGAUCGCUGACUCUUUGACUGAAGAGCAAGUCUCUGAGUACAAGGAAGCUUUCUCCCUUUUUGACAAGGAUGGCGAUGGCCAAAUUACCACCAAGGAACUGGGCACCGUCAUGCGUUCGCUCGGCCAGAACCCCUCCGAAUCCGAAUUGCAGGACAUGAUCAACGAAGUUGACGCUGACAACAACGGCACAAUCGAUUUCCCUGAAUUUUUGACAAUGAUGGCCCGCAAAAUGAAGGAUACCGACUCCGAGGAAGAGAUCCGUGAGGCUUUCAAGGUCUUUGAUCGCGACAACAAUGGAUUCAUAUCUGCGGCUGAAUUGCGCCACGUCAUGACUUCGAUUGGCGAGAAAUUGACUGAUGAUGAGGUCGAUGAGAUGAUCCGUGAAGCUGAUCAGGAUGGCGAUGGAAGGAUUGACUACAACGAGUUCGUACAGCUCAUGAUGCAGAAAUAAGCGUCUU